AUGAUGUCUGACACAGUACCAGAACUAGAACAGCUACAGAGGCAACUCCAUCUCUUCAGGGAUCACUAUGCCCAAAUAAUCAUUGCAGUCACUGACCCCAACAGAUUUGGGGCAGAAUUGUUCUCUAAAGGAAUGAUAUCUCACCUACAGUUCAAGAAUGUACGCUCAGGCACAGACUGCAGAUUCAGUACAAUGAUGUGUGAUUUGUUAGACUAUGUAUAUUCAGCAAUAUCGAUGGGAACUGUAAGAUUCGAUUCAUUUUUGGAUGUGCUUGAAAAUCUGGAACCGCAAACAGAAAGUGUCGCGAAAACAAUCAAGGUGUCAUUAGAUAAAGAACGAACUGGUGAUGUGUCCCAUGGCUGCUCGACAUUAUAUAAAUCUAGACUAAAGCCGAUAGUUGAUCUCCAAACACCUGCCUCUAAACGAAUCUGUCUUCUACCCUCGAUACUGGAUCACUUUAUGAGUGAGGAAGACAUUGAACCGACAUCAACUACUGAUGAUCCUAUAAUAGAAGAACUGAAUCCCUCUGAGGACGUGGCAAGCAGUGAGGAAUUGUUGACAAUACAGUCUCUAUUUGAAGAUCGAGAGGACAAUUGUGAAAACAUUGACUCAAUUCCACGCACUUUGAGUCUACUGCAACCAACAGGGUCACUCACAAGGAAAGCACAUGCUCGUGUUUACAACAAGUUGUUCAAAAUGGCCUGGAACGGGGAAGAUCAACAGGCAAUGUCGUUUGUUCGAACUCUAAGAAAGCACCAAUCAGUAUCCAUCGAUUUAAAGGUUGUUUGCAUGGAAGUAGUGCACACAGUGAAUAGUGAACGGGACUUGAAAAUGCUACUAUCAGCAUUAGCGUACACGGAUAGGCCCGAGUGCGAGAACAAGACUAUUCUUAAGUGUCGACUGCACCGUCGAAUUGCCGGGCUUCACUACCGCAAUGGAGACCUUGAAGACGCCGGUGAGCAUCUAGUGACAGCAACCCAGCUAGCUGAGCACCUCUCCCCUGAUAUUGACACUGUUUACACUUUGAGACUGAAUGCUCUAAUGCUGUUUGAGCAAUACAAAGAGAACAAAGAUGACAAAUCUCGCAAAGGUGCAGAAAAAUACUUCCAACUGGCAAUGGAUCAUGUCAAAAGACUUCCCGACUCUAAACGCUUAAUCACAGAGCGUAUUAAAGUAAGCAAAGCAUUAUUCCAUUUGGACAUGAUGAAAUUGUACACAGAGCACUCCAAAAGUGAGGACGCAAUUGAGCAACUUGAAUACAGAGCAAGAGACACUUUGGAGGACAUUGACGAGACAUACCUAACGGAUGGUGAUCGAGCUUUUUUCUAUUCUACCCAAGCUCAGUUGAAGUUUUGCGACACAUCUGAAGUCAAUAAAGCUGAGGAGUAUGCCAAGAAGGCUGUGAAGUUGAGUGAUCAGUGUGGACUGAAAGGAGGACUGGCUCAUAGAAACGGAACCGCAGUCAUUGAGGAGAUUCAAAAGUUGAAAGAGAUCUAGUUUGGAUACUGUUAGCUGCGCAUACUUCCUACAUCGACACAAUAAAGAACUGAUGUGUUUCAACUUGAGGGCUUAAUUGCUAUAUAUUCAUCUCAUUUCCAUACUCAUUUUUACUUCCUUUUAUAUACAUAAAAACAUACAA